AACAUUGACUUAAAGGGGUUAGCACCAGAACAAAGAUCAGUUGUGCUAAGGAUGUUAGCUCAAGAAGCUGACGCAUUUUCACAGAAUGACGACGACAUUGGAUGUAUCCCAGAUCUGAAAGUAACAACCAAAUUGAACGACGAGACACCAGUACAAAAGAAUUACAUGGCAGUGCCAAGACCGCUAGUUUUUCCUGAGGUUAAAAGUUAUGUUGAAGAUCUGGUGAAUAAGAACUAUAUCAGGAUCUCAACAUCCCCCUACAGUUCGCCUGUAGUGUUACGCUUCGGCCCUGCAUCGACUAUCGAGAACUAA